AUGAACCCUAGUGGUACGUCAAUACCAGUCCACCACCGGCAACGAAAAUCCAGAGUGAAAUUUCGUGGCUUCAGCGCAAAAAAGCAACUGCAGCAGAUCGUCUGUGUCCUGUACUUUUCAAAGACGAUGGAGGAUUCCUCGCGACUGAAUGUGCUGUACCAGGUCGCCUCAUGUUUCAGCCGCUACGAUAUUCGAGAUAUCGCGAUACAUCAACUGAAAAAUGAGGCGGCCUGGUGCAGCACAUUCAGUUUCCUGGAAACGUCACAGACGAAAGAUUCAGCUGGGUUCCGGGCAACUGAGGCGGCCUGGUGCAGCACAUUCAGUGGCCUAGAAACAUCACAAACGGGAGAUUUAGCUGGGUUCCAG